GGCCUGGCCGCCGUGCCCGGCAACAAGGCGGACCAGGGCGAACCGCUGCUGACCCCCGCGGCCGCCAUCGCCGCCGCCGCCGCCGCAGGCAGUCCCGGCGCUACGGUGCCGCCCAGCAGUCCUAUCUCCGCCGUGCUGGGCACGUUUAACCCCAGCAGCGCCAACCACUCGACCUCGACCCAGGUCACGGCCGGGCCGAACGACUGCCGCACCGUCGCCUUCACGGUGGCCAAGGUCAACUAUCAGAGGCGCAAGGCCGGCACGACGGGCACCCAGGUGGUAUUUGACGACAUGGUCACGAACGUCGGGCGCGGCUGGGACGCCGCCAGCUCGUCCUUCCGCUGCUCCUGCCCCGGGACGUACUUCUUCACAUUUCACGUGCUGUCUCCCGCCCAGGGAAGAGCCAGGGUGGACCUGAUGAGGAAUACGCGCCGCGUCAUCAGCGCCGAGGCCAAUUACGGAGGGUUCGACACCGGCUCCAACUCGGCGGUCGUUCAGUUGGUCGGCGGCGACGUCGUCUACCUCUGGCUGGCCGAGGGCUACCUCUAUGAGAACGACGCCCGCUUCCGUGGCUUCAACUCGCUGUCCGCGUACAAGAUCGGCUGA